AUAUAUGACGCCGGAAAGAUUGGCGAGAUCGGCGAUCCAUCUAUUCUACGUUCAACCUGCCAGGAGAACGCAUCUUUCCUUCCGCGCUUAUUAAAUUCUAGAAAAUCCGCUAAAUUCUUUUUGCCUCUCCUUUCACCAAGCUUCUUAUCUACCAUCGUUCUUUCGUAAAUUCUACCUUUGUUCUACCGUUUUCGCUACUCUUCCUGCCUUUCGUGUCUGCCUAUCGAUUUUUGUGCUAUCGUUUAGUUUAAUUUGAAAUAAAGUCAGUGAGUGCCUGAGUCACCGGCUAAGAUUGUGGUGUCAGAAAAUGUAACAGAAUCAUGGAGCUUUGAGCCAUCGUUACAGCGUAUGGACUUUAUAAGAAAGAGAAUUUAUUCAUUGACGCACGUUAUCGCGUGAAGUACCAUUAUGCCUGGAGUGACGAAUAAGGCCUUUACUGAAGAGGAGGAAUCCUGCAGGCGAUACGAUGAAAAUAGUUUACAAAUUCCUCUGGAACAGAAGGGAACGCAAGUGUACAGUGCAGAAAAUGAAUCAGACAAGCGUGAAAAUAUCGAGGAUGAUAAAAUGCCAGAGUUAAACGCUGGGUGUUUUGCAACAGGACGCAACGCCAUAGGAGCCACGUUUUCGAAGCACCCCAAAAUUUUCAAAUUAGUAUGGGUUUUAGUGCUAAAUGUGGGGGUGUUUGUAUACUUCGGUUUCGCUACGAGAUACUGGUGGGUGACAUACGGAUCGUUAUCGGGCCAAUGGUGCGAGGGCUACGGCUUGCUGAUAAUUUUGUUCGUGAUUACUUACGGAAGUUUCUUUUAUGUCUAUAUCAUAAGGAGAUAUUUUGGAAGAAGAAUCGCCAAAUGUUUAAGACCUCUUGGACGAUGCUGGAAAAGUUUUACCGCAAUCAAAUGCGUCGAAAGAUUUGGAAGCACAGUCUUCUACUUGGCCAUAUUAUUGGCUGUACUAGUAUUCAUGGUUAUCGAUACCGUCGAUUCCCGUGAUCGGUUGAUCAGUUUACUAGGAGUCUUCGUGCUUCUUGGACUUGGUUUCAUCUUUUCCAAGCAUCCAGCAUAUAUAAACUGGACGCCGGUAUUUUGGGGCAUCAUUCUUCAAUUCUGCUUUGGACUGUUCACAAUACGAUGGUCGGUGGGCAGAGCGAUUUUCCAAUGCAUUUCCGACAAAAUGGCAACUUUUUUAAACUACACGGUGGAGGGAGCAACUUUCGUAUUUUCCGAAACCUUAGUUAGCACCUAUGCGGUGUUCGCAUUUGCCAGUCUUCCCGUCAUCUUCUUCUUCAGCUUCUUCAUCCAGAUUCUUUACUACCUUGGCACAAUGCAAUUUGUGGUUAUGAAGCUAGGGGGGCUUUUGCAGUCUGUCAUGGGAACGACGGUCUGCGAAUCGAUAACUGCUGUAGCCAAUAUAUUUCUGAGCAUGUCAGAGUCGCCACUUCUGAUUAAGCCGUACAUCAGUAGUUUGACCUCUUCGGAAAUACACACCGUCAUGGCGUCGGGCUUUGCUACUGUGUCCGGAACUGUAUUGGCUGCCUAUAUCAGAUUUGGAGCUCAACCUGCUCAUCUAAUUACUGCCUCAGUGAUGUCAGCUCCAGCAGCACUGUGCUAUUCCAAAUUGUUCUACCCGGAGACGGAGAAUAGUAAAACAACCCGACAGAACAUCGAGUUGAAGAAAUCCGAGGAUACCAGUAUCUUGGACGCCGCUUCGAAGGGUGCAAAUGUAGGAAUAGCAAUAUACCUGGGAAUUAUAGCGAACAUUGUGGCGUUUGUUUCGGCAGUCGCUUUUCUAAACGGCAUAGUUUCUUGGCUGGGAGAAUUGGUCGGCUACGAAGAUAUAAACUUCGAGUGGUUCCUCUCGAAAAUUUUCAUACCAUUAAGUUGGGUCAUGGGAGUGCCAUGGGAUGAAUGUGAAGCCGUGGCGACAUUGAUUGGAUUGAAAACUAUCGUCAACGAGUUUGUCGCCUACCAAAGGAUGGGAGAGUACAAAGAACAGAAUAUGCUCUCACCAAGAACCGAAGCUAUCGCAACAUACGCGAUUUGCGGUUUUUCAAAUCCCGGAUCAGUCGGCAUCAUGAUCGGAGCACUUGCUUCCAUGGCACCGGAGAAAAGGGCGCAGAUUUCUAGCGUGGCUGUUCGUGCUUUUAUCACUGGAAGCGCGGUGUGCUUCAUGACCGCUUGCAUCGCUGGUAUGCUGAUGACGGACGAUUUUUAUACAACAAUUUCAUCGAGUACUAAUUCUACCAGCUAACACCAAUUGUCAUGAAGAAAUACAUGGGGCGAAAGAAAUUAUCGUUUUAAUUUUAUAAGCAACAUCGCUGUUUAUUAAGUACGACAUUUAUCAUUUUCUCGUUAUUUGGCAAAACAAUUUUACGUACUUAUAACCAUGCACAUGUAUAGCGAGUGACUCGUGGAAGUGCAGUGCCAGUGCGCACGUACGUGUAAUUUCAGAUUUGUGAGGAUACGAGUUUUUCUUCUUUCUAUGACCACACACUUAUGUUUGGUGAAUAUUAGUAACGUGACAUCCUUUGGCAUCUAGUAAUUAUGUUGCCACCCAGUGAUGAUUAGUUCAAAUCUUGUGGAGUAUAGUUAAAUUCGUAAUGAAUUAAGUUCGAUUCCGCAAUCAUCAAAAAAAAAUAUAUAUAUAUUACUGUAUUAGGUGUAAAUUGAAAUUCUGCAGAGAAUUUAUAAAACAAAAGUUUUUUAGUACCGGAAAUGAAGAUUUUCGCACAAAAAAAAAUUUUUUAAAUUAUAGAAAACUUCGGAUCAAGUUAUUUGAAUAACUCCGAAAUCACCAGGAAACUAAUAAAAUUGUCUAUGACGUUUUGUUGAAGUAUCCAUAUGGGAAUAAGCAAAGAAAAAAUAACAAAAAAUGCCCACCACGGAACUGGAAUGGCAUUUUGCAUAUCUCCAA